ACUCAUCACUCUGUCCAAUCCGUGAGAGAUACACUCUGUGAACGAAAGCGGAAGCACAGAAUAUACAAAUCGCAGUGGACGGCCGAUCAGUUUACCUUCACAGACCGAGCCUCUUUAAUCAAAGAUUCAGCGCAGAAGUGGAAAAAUCAAACAAGAAAAGACAAAGAGGCUCCCCAACUAUCCAAUUAAAGCUCUGUAGUCACGGGAUCAUUAUACAGACCAGCCAACGAGAGACAGAGAUCAGGAAUGGGAGGGUCAAGCUCCAGUGAACAGGAGGCAGAGACUGAGACCUCCUCAUUCUUCACACAGGAAGAACUGAGCAAACUGAAGUCUGAUUUUGAAACAGGUGGGGUGGAAAAAGUCCAACCACUGAUAGAGAAGAAAGUAUCUGAUCUGGACAAAACAGAGCUUAACAUCGCAGUGACGGGAGAAUCAGGUACAGGGAAAUCCACCUUCAUCAAUACCAUGAGAGGACUUCAGAGCAAUGAUCCGGGAGCAGCUGAAGUUGGGAACACAGAAACAACAAUGGAGCCAGCCGGGUACGCACAUCCCACUCUGCCCAAUGUUCGCUAUUGGGACCUGCCAGGAAUGGGAACCACACAAUUUCCAGCAGCUAAAUAUCUCACGCAAAUGAAAUUCAAAAGAUAUGAUUUCUUUAUCAUAAUCUCCGCUGUUCGAUUCAGAGAAAAUGAUGUUAAACUUGCCAAAGAGAUUAAACGGCUGGGGAAAAAGUUCUAUUUUGUCCGCUCUAAGAUUGAUGCUGAUCUUUAUUCCAUGGAGAAAGUAAAGAAAGUUAUUAAUGAAGAAGAGGAGCUGGAAAAGAUUCGGAGUGACACUGUCAGGAAGUUGACAGACGCAGGGUUUCCGGAUCCAGCUGUGUUCCUGAUAUCCAGUUUAGAGCCGGAUCGUUUUGAUUUCUUUCGGUUAAAUGAAGGACUCGAAGGUGAUCUAAAUAAUGUAAAGAAAAGGAUCUUUGUCCUGGCCCUUCCAAAUCUCAGUGUGGAGAUAGUGCAGAGGAAAUAUGAGAUUCUGAAAAAACAUAUCUGGAUGUUUGCAACAGUCUCUGGGGGAUUAGGAGCCGUCCCAGUUCCCGGCUUCUCUCUCGCUUGUGAUAUCGGAAUAUUGAUUGGAGCCAUCGUCCACUUCCGGAAAUGCCUGGGUCUGGAUGAUGCUUCUCUUCAAAGACUGGCCAACAGAGCAGGAAAACCUGUGGAAGAGCUGAAGGCAACAGUAAAAGCUCCACUGCUGGGGGAAAUAACCCCAGAUGUAAUUGUGAGGUUAGGUUGGGGGGCUGCUGUUGUUGCCGUUUCAGCCCUGGAAUUUGCUCUGGACUUUGUCCCUGUCAUUGGCUCCAUUUUUGGAGCAGGCUCAUCAUUUCUCAUGACGUACAAGAUACUGAGUGCUGCACUGAAGGAUCUUACAGAGAAUGCAGAGAGAGUGGUGAAAGUUGCCUUUGAAACUGAUUAACUGGUCUGUAAAGGUAUCGACCCAGUGAAAUAGUAUCACCAUGCUUAAUAAUUUGAUGACAUUGUUCAAGCACCAAAUCCUGCUGUAAUUCUACUUAAUAAUGUUCACUUCUACUGCAAGUGUUCCUAGAAAUAUUUCUUAUUCAUAACCUGUAGGCAGUGGAGGCAGGGGAGGGAGUUCCAAUCUGCAGGAUUGUGGAAAACCAGGACAAGUUUAACAGAGUUCUGUUCCAUGAGUUCAACUUUAUAAUUAAACUAUAUCUGCCUUCACAGUUGUACAUAAAGGAUGUACCCGAUAAAUGUCGGCCUAUAGAAGGCACCGCUGGGUGGGCUCUGAGGCAAUAAUCAGAAGCGCCUUAUAUUAUUCAGCCAAUUACUCGUUUAAAAAAAGAACUGCACAGGCCAGAUGAUAGCUGAUAAUUGAGUGCAGCGUAUAGAUGCCUGUAUCAAUUGAGAUGUUGUAAAUCAUUGGUUGAAAUAUCACGUGCACCCCAACCAACUGUACCAUCCUCUGAUCUUAACUAUCGGGAUGACUUUCACAGCCUGUGUUCAGUGCUUAUCAACCGGUUCAGUUUCACUUACCUUCAGGAGAACUUCCAUAUAAUUAAAACAAAUAAAAAUUUGGCACAAGGCUUAUGUCAAAAUCCAGGAUCAAUGAAGGGCUUGCAUAUUUAGAUCUCAUUUAAAAUAGUCAGACAAUUGUCUAAUUCUCCCUUCUGCAGGUUCUGUGAAUUUCGUAUAUUUCUCGUAUUACACAGCAAGUCAGAGUCAUUCUAAGUUGUUUAUUAAUACAUUAAUAAAUCACAUGGAAUAAUAGAAAAUAUUGCAAGCUGACAGAAUAAAUUGCAUAAUAUUGAAAUAACAUAACAUAAAACUUUCCAUAUUAUUGUAACUGUAAAUUAAUAUCAAACAGUAUUCUCUUCAACUGAGUUUAACUAAUUCUUUAUGAUCACUUGGAGGAAAUGGCUCUGGAUGAUACCAGUGCUGUGUGACAUACAAUGUCUCAAAUUAUUCCAAACCAUUUCAAAAAUGAAACUCACUCUUGUGACUUUAUUGAAAAUGCACCAUUUGUAAUUGUGCAAAUUACAUUCAGUCUUUUGCACUGCAAGUCCAAUAUUAGUAAAUUUAAUUAUAUUGCA